AUGGCUGAAGGCAGCAAUUCCCAUCUUGGAGAUGAAUUUAGAAAAGCUUUCGGACCAAAUCAUAAUUUAAAGACAGACAAACGUGUCCACUCAGUCAAUCGAUGCCAUAGCUGCAAACUAUGUCCGAAAACUUUUGCUAGAAAGUACCAUCUCACAGAGCACGAGAGGAUUCAUUCGGGUUCGAAGCCCUACACGUGUGACGUGUGUUCACAAGAUUUUAGAGUGAAAAACCACCUUGUGGUGCACAAGCGGACCCACUCAAAUGUGAAACCCUACGACUGCAAAGUUUGUUUGAAAACUUUCUCCCAAAAGUGCCAUCUUAUAAUUCACAAUCGGACCCACACGGGUUUGAAGCCAUACACUUGCGAAGUGUGCUCACGAGCUUUCAGUGACAGGAGCAAUCUUGCAGUGCACAAGCGGAUCCACACGGGUCACAAGCCCUUUGGCUGUAAAUCGUGUUUAAAAACUUUCCGUACAAAAUAUAAUCUUAGAGCGCAUUUGAGGACCCACGCAGAAGUGAGGCCCUACGUUUGUGAAUUGUGUUUACGAGCGUUUUGUGAGAAGAAGCAUCUUAAAGAGCACAAGCAGACCCAUUUGAGUGUGAAGCCAUACAGAUGCGAUGAGUGUUCACGAACCUUCGCUAAACGAAGCAAUUUGACUGAGCACUUGGGCUGUGUGCACGUCCACCACUGCACCGAAUGUUUGCUGACCUUCGUUCGACUUUUGGAGCUGAAAAAUCAUUUGCUCUUACAUCAUCGAUAA